AUGCGGAUAAAGUCAUGGGCACAAACUAGUCCUUCUGUAGAAAGCACUCCGCUUAAUGUGAAAGUAGUACCACCAACAACAGAUAUACUUGGAAAACCCAAAACUCCUCAGUCUACUAGAAAAGACAAGGAUGUAUGCAGCAAUGCUUCUGACUAUGGAUCUGAGGAUACUUUCAUUAGUUUAGGCACAAAAAUCAAAGCUAAGGCCCAAGUCACCCCAAAGUAUAAAAACUCUGGUGCCAAGAACAAUUUCAAAUUCCGAAAUAUAAGCCGAAAAACCAGGAGACCAAUGGAUAAUUUUCAUGAAGAUAAUACUGAACCUAAUUAUGGUUUUGAAAUAAAGAUAACUGAGCGACCACAAAUGUCUCAGUCCCUUAUCAAAGAUGAUAAUACUAGCAUGAUCUAUGGACGCAAUAGCUCACCAACAUUUAAAGAUCGACCAUAUGAAUCAUACUUUCUUCCUCUAGAAAUGGAUAGAAAGGUUGAUAAUAAAUCUUUGGAUAAUAAGACUUUUACUGAUCCAAACAUACAAGCAGAUGUAGAGCAAGCUAUAGAUAUUUACACAAAAAGACUUACACUUACGAAACAACAAUUGUCUUUAGUGGAAGAGGAAUCCACCCAAGAUUUAGAAAGUGUACCUUCCCAGAACUUUUCUAGUUUAUCACCAGAAAAUUCAUUAGAUGAUAAAAAUGCAAAUGAAAAACCUAUUAUGGAUGAUGAAUUGACUGGACGUAAUACUUGCAUAGUCAAAGUAAAAAGUGAUGAAAAUCCAAAGGCUCGAAAUUUCACAGAAGAACCUAAAACGUACAAUAGCUUUUAUGAUGAUUUUCAUUCAAGCAAUUUUGAUACGUAUAAACCAAAAAUGUCUAGUACUAUAGUACAUACAGAUUCUUCUUCUAAGGAUUCAGGUUACCCAGACAGUGGUCCUAAUGAUGAAAAAUUAUUUCAGCAAAAUUAUUCAUUACCGCCUGCUAUCACCUCUCCUUUAAAGAAAUCUAAUUCCUAUGCUACCAUUGAAGACCAACCAAAAAGUCUAGAUAGUGCUUCAACAAGUAGCAACGAUAAAUAUUAUCAUAAAACCUUCCCUUUAGACAAGAAGUGGGCAGAACCACUGAAUCACAGUCGAUUAUUAUAUAAAGACUUUUUCAUAAAAAAAGAAGGGCAUAUUACUUUAGCACCACAGAAUUCACCCAACAAACACGAAAGUGAUAAUAUACCUCGUAGGAUUGAUGCAGUAAAUAUUGAAAAUACUCAAAAAGAGAAUGUUGAUUCAGACUAUCCCCCCUAUUUAGUUAACAGCACAACUAAAGCAUACACAUCUAAAGUGAUAGAAGAUUACAAAAAAGAAUUAGAAGCAAUAAAUAAUUUACAUGAGCUAACAUUGAAAGAUCUGAAAACAGAUGCUAUAUCUCCUACACCCUUAAAUAUUGAUAAAAUGUUUGAACAAAACUCUAGUUACUUUAUAAAAGAUAAUAUAGAAUCUAUAAAAACGGUAAAUGACGACAUUAAAUUAACUGAAUCUCCACAAGUCACUGAUGUAAAGGACAAUGACAAACAAGAUGUUACAAAAAUAUCUACGAAAGAACUAAUACAAAACUAUUUCAAGGUUAAAGAGGGUGAUUAUGGUAAAGAAUAUGCAUGUAAAAAUUUAAGAAAGUUCGAUAAAACGCCGAUUAAUAGUGCAUGGACUAACAGUACUUCUAAGUCUGAAGAAAAUUCAGUAGCAGGCAAACAAAAUUGGAAUAACAAAAAUUCAAAAAAGAUUAACAACAAUACUGCAAUACCUGUUAAUAUAAGAAAUCAGAAUCAGAGGACUAUAUACACUGCUAGAGCCCCUUUAAGUGCUAGAAUAGAAGGUGUACAGAAUGAUAAAGACGUAGAUUCCUGGAUGUCUUUGUCAGCACCAUCACCGAGACUACUUGGUAUAGAAGAGAUAGAAGCUAAUGCAGUAACUGUGGAUAAUAACACGAUCAAAAUAAAUGUAGAGCGAGAUAAAGGUGAACCUUAUGUAUCUGCAUUAGACAAAAAAGAGGAAACUCCAAAGGUUGCAGAGUUAAAUUCCAAAUCUUCUGUGUUUGAUAUAUAUUCUAUGUUAAAAGAAAUCGAGAGUUAUGGUGAAAAUCCAGUGACUACAGUUGCGAGCGUAGACGUUCCGAGUACCAAGAACACUAUGGAUCCUAAGAAAGACGAGGAAAGUGCCCCACCAAAGGAUAAUUUUCUGGAGAUAUUUGAAUUUUUAGAAAAAGUAGAACAGAGUGCCAAUGAUGCUCUGUCAGUAGUAACUAGUACCACUCCUCAAACUAUACCCAAGUUAGAAUCGCUCCUGAAGUUGCCGCAAACCGAACUGGCUCAGCGGCUAGUAACUGCAUCGCUUCAAUUGGAGGAGCGAUCUUGCUGCAUCGCUCUGCUGCAAGAAAGCCUCACCAAUCACAAGGAACAGGUCGCCAGACAACGCUGGGUUCGGCAGAAAGCAGAAAAAAUCAAAGAGCUAACAGUGAAAGGUUUGGAAGGGGAGCUGAGAGAGAUGGCUGAUCGGCAGCAGAAGGAAAUAGCAGAUUUGAAGAUGCAGCACGCUGAACAGUGUGGAAGAGCACAGGCCAAGCAUGCUGCCGAGCUGGAGGCACUAAGAAGAACCCUUGAGGAGGAGAAAGACGCUGCCCUGCAGCACGAGAGGCAGCUGGCCAGCUCUAGGUAUUACUACGUAUUUUUUUGUUUCAAUUUAACAAAAAAUGGCUUAAAUUAUAAGCAUUAAAGUUGAGAAGUGGGGACUCUCUACGUAAUAACUUAUAAAUCAACCGCCUUUAGACUGAAGAAAUAUGUGUAUCGAAAUUACUUAGUGUCCAGGUACACGCAAAAAAUAAAAAAGUAAGUGUUUAAUUUUCUUCACUAAUCUACCCGAUUUACAGACAAGCAAAAAUUAGUCAUCAUCUGUAUUGACACGAUGGGGUAGUAGUUAAGCGCCGCGAUCGUUGUGGUUUAGCGUCCUCCGCAAGGGUCGGUCACGGGAUGGGUGACCGAAAAAUUAUCAUCGCUAGCUACUCCGUGCUUCGGAAGGCACGUUAAGCCGUUUGUCUCGGCUGCAUUUGCAGUCGUUAACACCCUCUAAUCCGCAUUUGUCCAGCGUGCAGUGUUACGGCUCAUGCUCCUUAACUUAUAAGGAAGGCCUGAGCCCCUGCAAUGGUGACGUAAAAGGGCUGAUGAUGAUGAUGAUCCGUAUUGGUGAUGUAGACUGGAGAAGCAGAUCCUGGAACUGGAGGCGACGUACCAGGAGCAGCGGUCGCGACUGGUGGCGGAGAUGCGCGCUGAGAACGAACGGGCCGCUGAACGACUCGCGCAUAAUGCCGACCAGCAAAGACUCGACGCCGGUAUAAUCAUAUUAUUUAUUUAUUCAUUCAUUCAUUCAAUCCAUAACAACAGAUGA